AUGGAGAAUUCUCAAGAAUUGCACGGCAAUGGGAAUCUGGUCGAUCCGGGAUUAAAGAUUAAAAGGCAUUCUUUGUAUCAAUCCGGUGGUAAGUUUUCAUUACCUUGGAUUGACACAAGAGUGUUCUAUAUCAGAAUAAGCAAUUUCAAGGUGGACGAGUCAACCCAUGAAUCUCUUAUUCUCAAGCACAUCCCCCUCAGUCCCGAAACCCUCCUUGAAGUGAAUGGUGUAAGAUGUUCGAUCGACUCAGAAGGAGUUUCUUGUUUACUUCGAAGGGAUCGGGCGUAUAAGAAAUCCGAAGAGGUUACAUUUGAGCACGGAUAG